CAGUGGCGUAUCAGCUGUCAAACGGAUGGCCGUCAUAUGUAAAUAUUAGGACCAGUUUAACUGUGUUACACUUCACAUCAUGUGGGUCAACUGAGCAUCUGGAGUUGAAACAGAAGAAUGGCGCCAUCACAUGACAGUACGCUGCGGAAGAUGGGUGAAAUGUGGAUUAAAGACUCGGGUCAGCUUUUGUCCAGCGAGUAAAAUACUGCAUUCCAAGUAACAUGGUUUCAGCAGCGGUCCUGGGCUGGGGCGGGCUGGUGCUGGCGCUGUGCCUGACGACGUUCGGCGUGUGGUGGUGCGCCACACUCGCCGUCUGCCUCGCCGUCUUCAUUGUCGGAGGCCUCACACUGCUCUACCUGCUGCACUGGGAGGCGACGCUCAAGUACACGGCGGACCUGUACAGGAGACGUUCGCACGACAUCCGGCCCGGGCUCUCCAGGGUGGUGUCGGCGUCGCAGGCGGCGCAGAGGGAGCCUCCCCGACUGGACAGGCGCAUUACGGGCGCGCAGGCGGUGGACGAGACGCUGCAGGAGGUGCUGGCGCUGGUGCUGCGAGACUACCUGCAGCCCUGGUACAACCGCCUGAGCGCCGACGACGAGUUCCCGCGCGAGGUGCGCCGCACCGCCCAGCGCCUCGCUGUCAACUUCGCGGGCAGGGUGAAGGAGGUGGACUGGAUCCCGUACCUGACGACGCGCCUGGUGGACGACGCGGCGUCGCACCUGCGCCUCUUCCGGCAAACGCGCGCAAAAGCCAAGCAGCAGCGGCAGCCGCCACCGCCGUCUGGCGUGGGCUCGGAGCCGGUGUCGCUGACUUCGCUGCCCGGUGGCGACGCGGCCUCUAAAUCUGGGGGCGCCUCGCCGGUGUGUGAACACCUUUCGGUGCCGCCUUCCCAGCACCAACACGGCCACCGCCGCACCGGCUCGUCGGUGUCGCUGGGCGCGAACGCGACCCCACAGGCCGGGGGCUCCGGCAGUGGAUCGCACUCCCCCCAGCAGCACCCGCAGUCGCAUCCGCAUCCGCAGCCGGAGCUGGAGCCGCUCUUCUUCGACCUGGAGGUCACCAUGGAGGGGGGCAACCUGUGCCGCGACCUCGUCUGCACCGACCCGGAGUACGAGAAGCAGUUCUUGCGCGACCUGUCGGAGGUGGUGAUGUUCCUGCUGCUGCCGCCCGAGGACUUCCAGUGCAAGGCGCUGCGCUUCCUGCUGCGCGAGCUGCUCGUCUCCUCCGUCCUGCUGCCGCUGUUUGCGCUCUUCUCCGACCCGGACUACAUAAACCAGAUCAUCGUCUGGCUCGUGUGUAAGGAGAUCCCACUGACGAGUGAAGCCUUCCUCACUGCGCUCCGCGUCACCGACAACCGCGACGAGCUGAUGGCGACGAGGGAGAUUGUUGUGAGGGAGAUUGCACAGCUGAGGUCUCGCGACUCUGGCGGGGAGGACGACACGUGGGUGAAGCAGCAGCUGAGCUCCCUGCAGUACCUGCGGAAGGUUGUCGACGCGCGCCUCCAACGCCUCAAAGACGGUGCCGACUCAGAUUCAGCUGGAUCGGAUGGGGUAGUUUGCACCCCAACGUGUGCCAGUGUGGACGGGAGCCUGGGCGUGCCCGUGCCCGUCCCCCCGGACUCGGGUUCGCCGGAAGGCCUGCCGUCGCAGCUGGACUGGGGGCGGCUGGUGCCCUCUGGGGGAGCCGGCGGGGUGCGGCUCUUUUCGCUACCGCUGGACGUCGUGCUCAAGAACAAUGUGGCACUCUCCUACUUCAUCGACUACAUGACCAGCAUCGGGGCACAGGCCUAUCUUUUCUUCUACCUGAAUGUUGAAGGUUGGAGAGUCUCGGCCGAGCAGCAGAUAUCGGACCUAGAGCUGCACAAGAUGGGAGCUGGCGUGACGGUGGCGGGAGCGGCGGCACCGUCCGGGGGCGUCGUGGCCGGAGGCGGCAGGAAGGCGGGCGACGCUCCGCCCCCGGCACACCAGCCCCCGCAGCCCGACAGCAUGCGUGAGGCGGCCUACAGCAUAUUCGAGCAGUACCUCUCUGAAAAGGCUUCUCCCCGGCUCCGCCUGGAUGAGACGGUCGUGAGGAAGCUGCUCUUCCGCAUCCGCACGGAGGCGCCGCACGAGACCUGGUUCGACGAGGCGCAGGCUGCCGUGUACGAGAAGCUGCAGACGGAGGAGCGCUUCCUGCCCGGGUUCCGUGCCUCGGUGGGCUACGUACGGCUCCUGGCGGAACUGGACCUGCUGAGGGAGCCGGGGUCGGGAGGCGUGGGCGCCGGCCCCGGCGGGCACGGCCACGGCGACGACGAGGAGGACUCGGCCGAGAGCAGUCUCUCCGACAACGUCAGCCUCGCCAGCUUCGAGUCCGACUCCGCCACCGUCCCCGCGCCGGCGGCUGCGGCCGCUGCACUGCUGUCCGACCCGCUGGUGCUCCACGGUACAGGGUCCACACUGUCCCUGCCCGGUCCACCCACGGCGACGUCGGGCAGCGACUGCGGCUCCGUUGCGUCGUCCGUGUCUUCGGCCGCUUCGGCUGCCGGCAGUCAGUUCCUCGCCGAGAAGAGGCAGGGCCCGUCUUCCCUCACCGCCGAGAUCAUCGAAACGGGCAUCGUAAAUGACCGCGGCAAGACGUACGGCAUCUACGCGGUGUCCGUGUCCCGACGCUACGAGAUAACGGGCCACGUCGACAAGUGGCACGUCUACCGCCGGUACUCGGACUUCCACGAGCUGCACUCCAAGAUCAAGGACAAGUACGGGGACCUGGGCAAGUUGACGUUCCCCGGGAAGAAGACGUUCCACAACAUGGAACGUGCCGUGCUGGAGAAGAGGAUGAAGAUGCUCAACGACUACCUGCAAAUCGUGAUGCAGCCCGGCGUGGUGGGCUCGCACCCGCAGCUGCGCGACCUGCUGGCCGCCUUCCUCGAGCAGGGGGACUACGGCGGGGGCGGCAGCGGAGGUGGUGGGGGCAGCUCCAGCCUGGGAGUGGCACAGGUCUCCCACGCGCUGGACAGCCUGGUGGUAAACCCGUUGAAGAACUCGAUGAGAUCGGUAGGCCAGGCGGUGCGCACGGUGCCCGACAACCUGCUCAGCACCGUGGACGGCGUCGUGGACGGGCUGAGUCGCGUUUUCGGCAGCAGCGCCACCUCCGGCAGCCUGUCGGGCUCCUCCCACGGCUCCGGCAGUGCCUCGUCUCUGGCGGGGGCGGCCGCGACACCCGCGCUGUGCGAGGCUACCAAGGUCGGCGCCUCUAUCGACACGGAGACGGCGGACAACAUCCCGCUGCGCAUCAUGCUGCUGCUGAUGGACGAGGUGUUCGACCUGAAGCAGCGCAACCAGUGGCUGCGGCGGCGCAUCGUGACGCUGUUGCGCCAGAUCAUCCGCACCAUGUUCGGCGACAUCGUCAACCGCCGCAUCCUCGACUAUGUGCUGCUCAUGACCAGCCCGGACCAGGUGGCAGACUACCUGCGCGCCUUCAAGCAGGCACUGUGGCCCAAUGGGGCGCGAGCGGAGGGGCGGCCGCCCCGGGACGAGGCGACGCGCAGCCGCACUCGCGUGGCCGCCAAGGUGGCGCUGCUGUCCAGCCUGUCGGACGAGCUGAAGCACAUAAUCGGGAGCGAGACGGCGCGGCGCGGGCUUCUGCGCGUGUUCGAGCUGUUCCAGAGGCCGGUGCUCAACCGGCGCCUGCUGCACGUGCUGCUGGAGGGAGUGCUGCGGACGCUCUUCCCGGACAACAACCUCGAGCAGGUUUUCCGGAGGCUGCACUCGCGGUCUCCACGUGUCCCUCGGCAGUCGUCGAGUGGUGGGCAGCUGAAGGGAGCGUCAAAGGGUGGCGGCGGGGGUGGAGCACCUCCGGAGCUGGGGUUGCGGGGGGAGGCGAUUGCCGCCCGGACUCGGUGAUAAGAGGGGUGCGUAGGAGCCCCCAGCUGUGGACCGGACGCUUCUGGGCGCAGGUCUACUCCUGAUGCAUUUUCCCAAAACUUUUACAGUUCCGCAAUUGUUUCAAAAUGUGCCCAUACGUCCAGUCGGUGAGAACUCUGUGAAGUUAAGUUACAGUUAGUACAAAUUGUGCAACGAUCUCGGCUUCGGUGGAAAGUUUCUGAACUGAUUGUAGAGUUUGUAGCGAGUGCAAGACUGAAUUCCCGGCGUCGCUUAGGACACCGGUAGGGCUGUGACGGUUUGUCUUUCACGGGCAGUAUCGGAACGUGCUCGGCCUGCGAGGUGAUGUAGAGUUGGUCACGAGGUGUUGGCAGCUGGUGUAUGGAAUGGAAGUAUUGUGUAACGAAGUGGAAUUAAUGGCUUGUGAGUAUGUGGGAGAGUGUGAGGUUCCAUGUUGUGAGGUACUGGAAAAAGGAGAGUGGCGUAGUGUAAGUGGUGCGGAUUGAGUGCUGUAGCUUGCCUGAGUAACUGUGUGUUUGGUAUUAGUGGUCCGCAACUGUGAAGGAUUUAUUGUACAGCUGCCUAAUAACUGAAAACUGUGAAUGAAUGUUGUCUUAUAAAGUAAUUUAUUAUAGUCUUGCCACUAAUAACAAACUUUUUGUCAUUGAGGUGGCCUGCAAGUUCAGCAAUUCGUGUUAUGAAUGCUGUGAGGGAAGCAUAUCACACUUCAAUUAAAAAUGGUAACAGAUGUCGUAUAUUUCUCACUUCAAUGGAAGUGAGUAAUUUUAUUAUGAAAAGAACUGUUUCCAGGAGACCAGUAAUGUUGUAUAUAAAAUGAUUCAAAUGAAAAUAUGUACUAAUUAAUGUUAUGUUGUAGAAAUCGUUCCACAAAAAUAGUACAUCUUUUUUUUCUGUCUUUUGCAGUACCUCCUUCCCGCAAAAUAAUUAAUUCACCGUUCUCUCUCAAUCUCUCUCUCUCUGACACACACACACACACACACACACUCACACUCACACUCACACUCACACUCUCUCUCUCUCUCUCUCUCUCCCUCUCCCUCUCCCCCCCUCCCUCUCUCUCUUUCUUCUUGAAAACUUCUACAAGUGUGGUUUUGUGGGCGAUUCUAGCAUAAGUUUCUGGCAAACAAGUUUUUGUGUGCAUUCUUAUACUUGGCACCCCAAAAUAUGAUAAAGCAGCACAGUGCAUCUAAGUGAUUACAUGACAUUUCUUCUAGGAGUAAUGCCUGUUUCUCAAAUUUUCUACAGAAAUACAUUAUGGCCAACGCACUCUGCAUAGUACAAGCACGUGCUGUGAUAACAGCUUUGGUCAGACGACUUUCUCACCUGAGACUAAAUGGUUGUCCGAUCUAGUCAGCUCUGCGUGUCCAGAAAAUGAAAGCUUUGAGUUUGACAGUUCAAAAAAUAUAUAGGUUUUUACAUAGAGUUUGAAGAAAUAUUGAAAAACAUGCUUACAAGCAGUGCUGUUUAAAUGGUCUCCGUUUUAACUGGUACUUUUAAAAGAAAAUAAACAAAAAGUAAUGAAGUUACUGCUGGUGCCAAACUUAAAAAGAUGAGUGUUAGUAUAGUAUAAACUUGCACACAACUCUAGAAUUUUGUCAGCUGCUGUAAAUUAGAUUAUAAGUCUUCAAAGCACCAAACGUAAUUUAGUAGUGAGUUAUUGAUAUCUGUGUGUAUUAAGUGUGAAUGCUUUUUGAGCAAGAGAAAAAGAGAUAUAUUUAUUUUUGUAUUGUUCUUUGUGUUUGUGGACUGCUUACCAAUUUAUGUUAUGGUCCUAAGCAGAGGAGACUAUGUUGUUUUUAAAUGGUGCUUAGCAAGUGAAAGUAUUAUUAGUUUUAAUUUUCUGUGAGAAGAAAGAUGAUAUUUAAUCUUUAUCAGUGUGUGUAUUUGCAAAUGUAUGUGUGCUGUGUGAAGUUAAGCUCAUGGUACAGAUAAAUUACUGAGCACUAGACUGCCAAUGUAGGAUGUAGGGAUUAAAGAUAAUCAUUAUCCAUUUAAAUAUGUAUUCAGAACUCUGUCGGGGUCAAUUAAUUUGUCAGCCUGGGUGUAUUCUCAGCAGUAUUUCUCUGUGUGUUUUAUGUUGUUAGCAAAAAACCAGCUUUAGUGACUAUGCAAAUGUCCAUCAGUGACUGUUCAGUGUUUGCCAUUAAGGAACCGUGUCAUCGUGAGAAAUAAAGCAUGCGAAAAUUUUAUUUUCACAA